AUGGGGCAGAAGAAACACCCUCAGGACCAGAGAUUUGAGGAUGAUGGCAGCUGCUGCGUAUCGCAAACACCACAAUUUGUUUACUUCACCUUCGACGACGCAGUGACAGUGGCUGGUUCUAGAGCGUACCAAGACCUCUUCAAUGCAAACCGUAGAAACCCAAAUGGUUGCCGCAUAACCGCAACCUUAUUCGCCAGUAACCAGUACACUUCAUAUAAAGAGGUACGAAAGCUGUAUGAUUUGGGAUUCGAGAUUGCAGAUCACAGUAUAUCCCAUAGAACCCCAACCACGUGGUGGAAGACUGCAGAUUAUGAAGAGAUUAAAAAAGAAUUCGUCGGUAUGAGGGAAAUAGAGAGCAAAUCCACGGGAAUUCCUUUGAAUCAUAUUCUUGGGGUUCGCGUGCCAUUUUUAGCCAAACCUCCAGGUUUAUUUAGACUUUUAAAAGAAAACCACUUUGGUUAUGAUUCAACGGUAACUAACACUGGAACUCCAAUUUGGCCGUACAAACAUGACUCCGGACUUUGGGAACUUCCAUUGAACGUUUGGCGUUUUAAAAGCACUGGCUGUGGUGGGAUGGUCGAUGGUUGUCGACCACAAACCAAGGCAGAUACUCUUACAUUCCUUAGAGAGAACUUCAGGCGCCACCACGAUGCCCCUGACAAACCACCUUUUGGCAUUAGUAUGCACUCUGCUUGGUUCCUCGCGCCAGAGUGGAAAUAUAGAAAAGAAGCUUUGAAUGAAUUUAUAGAUGAACUAUUAGCAAAUCCAGAUGUGUGGAUCGUAACACCUACACAACUAUUAGUAUGGAUGGAAUCACCAGUUAGCAAAGACAAACUGUAUAAUUAUGCACCAUUCCAAUGCCAAAGCCGUGGUAAAUGAGGAGUUACCUAGAAUUCUAGUCUGUUAAUUGUUUGUAAUGGUUAAAAUAAUGUUUGAAAUAAUUGACCUUCCAAAUUAGCACUAUAAACACAGUAAAGCCAUUGUAAAAGUGGAAGUUUUUAAGCACUUAGUGCUUUGAGACUAGAACACUUUAAGAACUGCUUCACACACGUUCCCAGAGCGAACAAAGUCAAAGAGACCAUUACGUAAAUCGGUGGAGUGGAAUCGCUACUCCUCUGAAAUGCCUGGCGCACGGAUCUCAAACAACCUGCUUGUGCAAUCGGGGUUUGAAACUGUAGUCUCUUUUGCUGCGUUUGGACAUGAUCGGACCAAAGGUUGCUUCGGUUUAGGCAGUAUUAACAAAAUGCCCCCGUUGUAAGAUAAAUAAGUCAACAAUUGUUGUCAAUUGUUGACUGCUUUGUCUUUGCAACGGCUUGAGAUUGUAUAAACGCCUAAAUUGCGUUCUUUUUUAGAGCACAAUCAGCUUUAGCGACUGUCUAAACGCGGCACUAUACGGUAAUCUACUCCGCUCUUUAUAGAUAUUGGUAGAAUUUCAUAAAGUAUUUAAGAAAUAAUUGUAGAAAAAUGUUGUAUUCCAUGUAGUGAUGAUCGACAAGACAGUGUAGAUUAAAUAUUCAACUUCCUUAAACAUGGGAGUACUCUUACAAACAUAUCCGCAUGCGGAAUAGUUUAUAGAACUUUUCUAAUCAUUUUAUAAAAUACAGAGAAAAUCAGUUGCCUAUUUUGGUACAGUUAAAUUAUGGAUAAAGUCUUGACUUUUAAAUAUAUAUCUUACUGAUGAGUUUGCACUUGGAGGCUUAGGGGGAAGAUAAUUUGUAACUUAAAAGUUUUACUAUCGACAACCAAGUUCAGAUGUCAAUAACCAUGUUGCCCAUUGUAAAGUACAUUUAAAUUUCAACAGAUGUAGAAAAGUCGAUAGUCGAGAUCACGCACGGGGAAAAAUUGAGAUAAAACUGCCUACAGGUGAAAUAUUUUGAAUUUACGAAGAACGUAAAGUUGACGUUUGACAAUAGUAUCGAAAACGCAAUCAAAUUCACUUCAUACCACAAAUUCACUUUAUGGCAAACCAAGUAUUCGCCCCUUAUGCCUUUAAUCAAAUACU